UGCGCCUGUGUCAGUGCUGAGACGAGCGCUAGAGGAGGCAGCAGUGGCGCAUCUCACAUAUCCGCCGCUGGAAUAUAACGGCUGCUGUAGGAUGUGAACGGGUCUCGGCCUCGUCACCGGCCAAAGCUUCUGUUUUCCCAUGACAAACAGAUGCGAGAAGAGAGCGAGCGCGCGCGCGAGAGUGAACUGUACAUGGGGCGCUGAGAGGUCCUCGUUAUUAUUAUGAGAAAAGAGGACGGGGUUUUCGGUGCCGUAUUUGUUUUGCUCGCGGAGAUGAGGCGGGGGGUAGCGAGUCGCUACAAAAUCGUUGGCCUCCGGCCAAGAAUUGCUCUGUUUUAAAACCUAUUUAGCGCCGCGUUUGCGUUUUCAUCGUCAACUGACUCGUUUGAUCGUCACGGUUUGCAUCGCAGAAAAAUAAUGCAGCUGUCUCGAGGACAUCUGUGAGAUUCGCGGACUGCUGUUGCCGCUGCCAUGACAGACGCAGGCUUUACCGAGCAAGCGGUGUGAGAGAAGCACGGCCCCAGCUGCAGCAGCACGGCCGAUGUUGGCUGCGUUUACCGGAGGAGAUUAAAUCUGUAAAUACAGUUCGGGUUAUUCCUCUUAAAUUGUGUGCAUUCUCAGGGAAAAUGUCCUCUCGGUCUGCUUUACCGUCUGCGAACGACCGGAGCACAGAUCAUCAUGCGUCUCUGGUGGCGAGUCGUUCAGAGAAAGGAACGAAUGUGUCGAGUCGUUCACUGGGUGCAAGAUGUCGUAACUCUAUGGCCUCUUGCUCAGAUGAGCUUCCACACAUUGGAAACUACCGGCUCCUUAAAACCAUCGGCAAGGGCAACUUUGCUAAAGUCAAACUAGCCCGCCACAUCCUCACAGGCAAAGAGGUUGCAAUAAAGAUUAUCGACAAAACUCAGUUGAACCCAACCAGCCUACAAAAGCUGUUUAGAGAGGUGCGGAUCAUGAAGACUCUCCGUCACCCCAACAUUGUCCAACUCUUUGAGGUUAUUGAAACAGAGAAGACGCUUUAUCUUGUGAUGGAAUAUGCAAGUGGAGGCGAGGUGUUUGAUUACCUGGUGUCUCAUGGGAGAAUGAAAGAAAUUGAGGCUCGAGCCAAAUUCAGACAGAUUGUGUCAGCCGUUCAUUACUGUCAUAAGAAGAAUAUAGUUCACAGAGAUCUGAAGGCAGAGAAUUUGCUAUUGGAUGCAGAUGCUAACAUAAAGAUAGCAGAUUUUGGUUUUAGUAACGAGUUUACGUUGGGGAAUAAGUUGGACACCUUCUGCGGUUCCCCACCUUAUGCAGCUCCAGAGUUGUUUCAAGGAAAAAAGUAUGAUGGGCCAGAGGUGGACAUCUGGAGCCUGGGGGUCAUCCUGUACACGCUGGUCAGCGGGUCACUUCCUUUUGAUGGACAGAACCUCAAGGAGCUGCGUGAGCGAGUGUUGAGGGGGAAGUACCGUGUCCCCUUCUACAUGUCCACAGACUGUGAGGGGAUUCUGCGCAGGUUUCUUGUGCUCAAUCCCAGCAAACGUUGCACUCUCGAGCAAGUGAUGAAGGAUAAGUGGAUGAAUGCAGGGUAUGAGGGCGAUGAGCUAAAGCCCCACAUUGAGCCAGCGGAGGACUACAGUGAUGCCAAUCGAAUUGAGAUUAUGGUCGGAAUGGGUUUUACUCCAGAAGAGAUUAAAGACUCUUUACUCAAUCAGACAUACAAUGAAGUCACGGCUACAUAUCUAUUGUUGGGCCUGAAGACUGAGGAUGGCACUGAGUCACGAGUUAGUGGCAGUAUGACUUUGCCGCGGGUGCGUCCAAGCCCAGUUACCAACGGAACCAACAAACACUCCUCUUCUUCGUCAUCUUCCUCAACCUCACACAGCAAGACUCAGCGCAGCGCCUCGACCUACCACCGCCAGCGGCGGCACAGUGACUUCUGUGGUCCCAGCAUGCCUGUGAUGCACCCUAAGCGUAGCCCGACCAGUGGCGGAGACCGUGAGCUGCGUGAGAGCCGCAUGCCGCCAAGGAAGGCCAGCUGUAGCGUAAUGGGCAGUCGGACCCUACCACCAUCUAGUCCAAUGGUCAGCACCGCCAACAACCCCAAUAAGGCUGAGAUACCUGAUCGACGCAAGGAGAUGACUGCCACCACUAAUAAUAUCCCAGGAAGUACUAUGACCCGCAGAAACACGUACGUAUGUACAGAUCGUGCCAGCACUGACCGACACACACUGCUGCAGAACGGCAAAGACAACAGCUCCCUUUCUCACCGCCUCCCUCCCACCUCUCCCUCCACUCUUAGUAUUGUCGGAGCAGGAGCAUCCUCCUCUUCUUCCUCAGGUGAGCGCUGUAGGCUGACACGUGGAUCCACCAUCCGGAGCACCUUCCAUGGGGGUCAGCUCCGUGACCGUGUCCCGCCCACCUAUGGACCUCCGCCCACAUCGCCCACCCUUAGCCAUGAUGCUGGAGCCCUGCCUGCAAAUGUGCGUAGCCGGGCCACUUCUAACCUGUUCAGCAAACUCACCUCCAAACUCACACGCAGGAUCACAAAUGAAUCUGAGAGAGUCAGCAGAUCUUCGGUCACAGGUGGCCAUUUAUCUGGGUAUCAGAAAGCGCCCGAGCCCUGGAGCGGGGGAGGGGGGUGGGAUGUAAGGGGUUGUCUCUCCCGUCCCCCCCGGGCCCCUGCAGAAGUGGUACUGGCCUUGUGUGAGGCGGCGAGGGGAUGCGGCUGCCAGGUCCGGCACGCUGGUCCGUUUCUGCUGUGCUGCAGUCAUGGGGCGGCAGGGUCAAAAGUCACUUUCCAAGCUGAGGUGUGCCAACUGAGUGUGGGUCCCACAGAGGCAAACGGAGUACGCUACACGCGCCUGUGGGGGGCCCCCCUCGCCUUCAGGCACAUCGCAUCGCAGAUCUCUAAAGAGGUGGAGCUCUGAGGGGACGGGGAGGAGACGUCCCCUCACUAUUUCCGUCAUUAUAGCGAACUGACGUUGACCGACCCACCUAUGUGUUAUAGACAUAGAAACAUCUGAUCCCUCCUCCAGUCAACACUCAACACACACCGAAACUAAACACACAUACACAUACACAAACACAGUCACCUUAAAGAACGGGACACUCAACCCUGACAAUAUGGAAACCUAAAGUACAAAAACAAGCACACCCCUUCCAUGCACAGCAUAAACCUGAGCACUUCUUAACAUGGAUUCACACACACUCUGAAAAGCCUCAUUAACCACAUCUGGAUUGAAUCCAGUUUAGUAUUUUUAUUCUCAUUCUAGUGAUGAAAUUCCGAAUUAAUAAUUUAUGUCAUUCUUCUUCUUUUUUUUACCACUUUUGUAUGUUUUCAACAAGUCUUGACAUUUUAAACGGGUCAUCAUUUUUA